AUGACAAAUUUCUUUUGGAGGGACAGCAGGUCAAAGAUUGACUACUACCAUUUUGGUGAUGUUCUUAUUUUGGACACAACAUUUAAGAUGGACCGGUAUAACAUGAUAUGUGCACCAUUUUUGGGACUUAAUCAUCAUCAACGACACGUCUUAUUUGGUUGUGCUUUCUUGCUUGAUGAAUCCGUGGAGUCAUUUACUUGGUUGCUUGGGACUUUUAUGGAAGCUAUGGGCAGGCGUCAACCAAAAACAAUUUUUACUACCGAGUGUCCAGCAAUAUCUGAGGCCGUAGAGGUGACACUGCCAAAAUCACAACAUCUCCUUUGUAGGCAACUUGUUUGCCAAAAUGCCAAACAACAUCUUUCGAUGUAUUAUGGGCACCCUGGAUUUGAAAGGGACUUCUACUGUUGCCUUUUUGAUUAUCAAUCAGAAGGAGAAUUUCAGUCAUCUUGGAGUUCUCUAUUGGAGCAAUACAAUCUUCGUGAAAACCCAUGGCUUCAAAAUAUACAAACUUUACGCUCAAAAUGGUCUUAUUUAUUCUGUAAGAUGACCUUCUGUGCUGGCAUUAACUCAAACCAAGGCCUUGAAUGUAAUGCUAAUGUUUUCCAGAAUGCAAAAAGUGAGGCAAUGAUGUUAUGGGAGUAUGUUCUGAAAUAUGAAAAAGCAGCAGAGCAUCAGCGUAGAGAAGAACUACAUGAAGAUUUUUGCUGCAGUGCCAGUGAGCCAGAGUUGUUUUUAAGCAGUCGGAUGGAGAAGCAGGCAGCGAGUGUAUAUACUCCCACAAUGUUCAAUAUAUUUAGGUUGGAGUUAAUUAAAUCUAUGUCAGUCCCAUUAAAACGUAUGGCAAAAACAGGUUCAAUUGUUACAUACAAGACAAAAGGCGAAAAUACAGAGAGCUCUGUAGAAUUCAAUUCCCAAGAUUCCACAAUUACAUGCAGUUGCAAAAAGUUUGAAUCAGUAGGCAUUUUAUGCGCUCAUGCUCUGAAGGUACUUAACAUAAGGAAUAUCUUUCAAAUAGCUCCACAAUAUAUUCUGAAGAGGUGGACAAAAUCUGCAAAGAAUGGAGUGGUGGAAGGUGAUUAUAAUGAUGAAGAAAUUGCAGACAACAGUGAAAGUUUGUGCAGGAGUAAAUUUAUGCACAAAGCUUUAAAUUUCAUUACUAAAAGUGUAGCAGUAAAGAAGACCCGGAAGAUAGCCGAGCGUUACCUAGAUAAUGCGCUGAACGAGGUUAACGAUGAAUUGAAGAAAGGUAAUGAACAUCAUAACACGAAAGAUGCUGAAGUUAACCGUGAAGGUGUUAAAAAUACGAGUAGUGUUGCUUGUGUGGACUGGCAAGAGAAAGUGGUAAAGGAUCUAUAUCUCAAUCAAGGGGAAACAUCAAAGGGGACAAUGGAAUUUCAAAUACAGAAGAAACGCAAAAAUGAAGUGAGAGAGAAGAUGAACCCGCCAUCAUCCAGCAUGAGCCUUCCAUAG